CUAUAACUCUUUUUUGUGACUCAUCAUUUAUACUGUCUUAGUAGGCGACUUGCUGCUGUUUCUACAAAUUUCCUGUUUCUUGUCCUACUUCUUCGCACAAACUCCAGGCCUACUUCCUCCACCACUAUUUAUCCUUGCGUUCCCUUCAAGUUCAGUCACAUAUAUGAUAACAAUCUAUGAUCAAGUUCUCACAAAGCUACAAGUAAAGAUAUGAACAAAGAAGGUGCAGUCAAUUCAUCAGUGCCAAAGAUUAGCAACCUACCAGACAAGAGCAAUGAGAAAGUCACAAAUACAGUGCCUCAUUACAAGUUGUUCUCAUUUGCAGACUCCUUGGACAUUAUGUUAAUGUUCAUUGGUACAAUUGCUGCUUUUGGGAAUGGGAUCUGCAUGCCCCUUAUGACCAUACUGUUAGGAGAAUUAAUUGACUCUAUUGGCAAAGCUGCAAGCAUGACAGUUGUGGCGCAUAAUGUUUCUGAGGUGUCUCUGAAGUUUGUCUAUUUGGCUGUGGGGUCUGGUCUUGCAUCAUUCUUUCAGGUGGCUUGCUGGAUGAUCACAGGGGAGAGGCAGGCUGCUCGAAUAAGAAGUUUAUACUUGAAGACAAUACUGAGGCAGGACAUUGCUUUCUUUGAUAAGGAAACUAGUACUGGUGAAGUAGUCGGGAGGAUGUCAGGUGAUAUUGUUCUUAUUCAAAAUGCUAUGGGGGAGAAGGUUGGAAAUUUAAUUCAGCUGCUAGCUUCUUUUUUGGGAGGCUUCAUAAUAGCUUUUACUAAAGGGUGGCUUCUCACACUUGUCAUGCUAGCUUUAAUUCCACCUAUUGUCAUCUCUGGUGCCAUCAUGAAUAAGGUUGUAAGCAAGUUGGCAUCUCGCGGACUAACUUCCUAUUCCCUUGCAGCAAAUAUUGUUGAGCAAACAAUUGGCUCAAUCCGAACUGUUGCAUCUUUUACUGGAGAGAAGCAAGCUAUUGAUAAAUACAACAAGUCCUUGAUUCGAGCUUAUGAGUCUGGCAUGCAAGAAGGCUUGGCUGCUGGAUUAGGUUUUGGUACACUAAUGUUUAUUUUGUUCUGCAGUUAUGGAUUUGCAGUGUGGCUUGGUGGAAAAAUGAUACUUGACAAAGGCUACACGGGAGGAGAAGUCAUCAAUGUGAUUUUUGCUCUAUUGACGGGGUCCUUGUCUCUAGGGCAGACAUCUCCAUGCAUGAGUGCCUUUGCUUCUGGAAGGGCUGCUGCAGUUAAGAUGUUUGAGGCAAUCAAUAGGAAGCCAGAGAUUGAUGUUUUUGACACCAAAAGACUAAAAUUGAAACACAUUCAUGGAGAUAUUGAGUUGAGGGAUGUUUAUUUCAGUUACCCAACAAGAUCUCAUGAGCAAAUAUUCAGUGGGUUCUCUCUUUCAGUACCCAGUGGUACAACCACAGCUUUAGUUGGAGAGAGUGGAAGUGGGAAAUCAACGGUGAUCAGUUUGAUAGAGAGAUUUUAUGACCCACAAGCUGGUGAAGUUCGUAUAGAUGGUGUCAAUCUUAAAGAGUUUCAAUUAAAAUGGAUCAGAGAGAAUAUAGGCCUUGUCAGCCAGGAACCCGUGUUGUUUACUUCAAGCAUUAGAGACAAUAUUGCUUAUGGGAAGGAAGCUGCAAGUAUUGAAGAAAUAAGAGCUGCUGCUCAGCUUGCCAAUGCAGCCAACUUCAUAAAUAAGCUGCCCAAGGGAUUAGAUACAUUGGUUGGGGAGCAUGGAAUCCAAUUAUCUGGUGGCCAAAAGCAAAGGAUUGUCAUAGCCAGAGCAGUUCUGAAGGACCCAAGAAUUCUACUUCUAGAUGAAGCCACUAGCUCUCUAGAUGCAGAAUCUGAGAGGACUGUGCAAGAGGCAUUGGACAGAGUUAUGAUCAACCGAACUACUGUCAUGGUAGCCCAUCGCUUGACUACAGUGAGAAAUGCAGAUGUGAUAGCCGUUAUGCAGAAAGGAAAUAUUGUUCAAAUAGGUUCGCAUUCUGAUCUACUCAAGGAUCCUGAUGGAGCAUAUGCGCAGCUCAUACAGUUGCAAGAAUUUGGCGAAGAGCCGGAACAACAAGUUAUAAACUAUCCAGACAGUAGCUAUCAUUCGAUCAGGGUUCCAUUGAGUGCCUCCCCUAGAGUUAGCAUUUCCCAAAAUGUCACUGCAAAACCACUUGGCACCUCCACUUCAGAGAAGUCAAAACUGCCUCCACAAGGCCCUCUCCGUCGCUUAGCCUACCUUAAUAGCCCAGAGAUCCCUGUGUUAUUGCUUGGUGCUAUAGCUGCUGUGGCCAAUGGAAUAAUAUUACCAAUUUUUGGUUUGUUGCUUGCCAAUAUAAUAAAAACCUACUAUGAGAAAGAAGACCAACUCCAGAAAGAAUCUAGAUUUUGGGGAUUUAUGUUUGUUCUACUUGGUUUAGUGUCUUUACUGGCUAUGCCACUAAGCACAUACUUUUUCUCUAUUGCGGGCUGUAGAUUAAUAAAACGGAUCCGAUCAAUGUGCUUUGAGAAAGUAGUCAACAUGGAAAUAGCUUGGUUUGAUGAACCAGAGCAUUCAAGCGGGGCAAUCGGUGCGAGGCUAUCGGUAGAUGCAGCCAAAAUGCGAGGUUUAGUUGGAGAUACAUUUUGUUUGCUAAUCCAAAACAGUGCAACAGGUAUUGCUGGAUUGGUCAUUGCUUUCCUCGCAAACUGGCAGAUAGCUCUUGUAAUCCUUUCUUUGUUACCGCUGAUGGGACUUAGUGGAUAUGUUCAAUUGAAGUCCAUGGAAGGAUUCAAUGCAAAUACAAAGAAAAUGUAUGAGGAGGCAAGUCAAGUUGCUAGUGAUGCAGUUAGCAGCAUCAGAACAGUUGCUGCUUACUGUGCUGAAGAAAAGGUUUUGCAACUGUACCAGAGGAAAUGUGAUGGCCCCCUUAAGGCAGGAAUAAGGCGGGGGUUAAUUAGCGGGAUAGGAUUUGGUCUAUCCUUCUUCUUUGUUUUUCUUGUUUAUGCUGUCAGUUUUUAUGUAGGAGCUUAUCUAGUGGAUCAUGGCAAGACAACAUUCACCGAUGUUUUUCGGGUCUUUUUUGCUCUCAGUAUGGCAGCCCUGGGGAUCUCUCAAUCAAACUCUCUCGCACCUGAUGCAAGUCAAGCCAGGAGUUCUGCUGCUUCUGUAUUUGCCAUCCUUGAUCAGAAAUCUCAGAUAGAUCCUAGUGACCCUUCUGGAAUGAAAAUAAAAAAGUUGAUGGGAAUAAUUGAGUUUCGCAAUGUCAGUUUUAGGUAUCCAACAAGGCCUGACAUUCAAAUAUUCCAAGAUCUCAGCAUCACUAUUCAUUCUGGGAAGGUAGUUGCACUGGUUGGAGAAAGCGGCAGCGGGAAAUCAACGUUGAUCUCAUUACUGCAAAGAUUUUACAAUCCUGAUUCUGGCCAAAUUACUCUAGAUGGAAUUGAGAUCCAAAAGUUAAACUUAAAAUGGCUAAGACGGAAGAUGGGUGUGGUGAGUCAGGAACCUGUACUAUUUAAUGACAGCAUCCGAGCCAACAUUGCAUAUGGGAAGGAAGGAAAUGCAACAGAGGCAGAAAUUAUGGCCGCAGCAGAGUUAGCCAAUGCCCACAGCUUCAUCAGUGGCCUAGAACAGGGGUAUGAUACUACAGUAGGGGAACGAGGGGUGCAAUUGUCCGGCGGACAGAAGCAACGGGUGGCAAUUGCACGGGCCAUAGUAAAGGCUCCAAAAAUAUUACUUCUUGAUGAAGCAACCAGUGCUCUGGAUGCAGAAUCUGAGCGAGUGGUUCAAGAUGCAUUAGAAAGAGUUAUGGUGGGAAGGACCACUCUGGUCAUAGCCCAUCGCUUAUCCACAAUUAAGGGAGCAGACAUGAUAGCGGUGAUGAAAAAUGGAGUAAUAGUUGAGAAAGGAAAGCAUGAUACUUUGAUGAACAUGAAGAAUGGAAUUUAUGCCUCCUUAAUGGAUCCCAAGCCAAAUGCUGCUCAAGGGAAUUCAGAUAUGUGAAUAUGUGUAAAAAAUUUUGAUUUUGUGUCAAUUUCUUUUUCUUGUCAUUUUGUUGAAUUUCCCAAAUAUAGGUACAAAUACACAAGUAUCAGCAUAAUAGCAAUUGCACAGAGAAUAAAGCCUAGCCAACUUAUCAUCAUCGAUUAAGUUGAAGAGGGUACCUUUACGUUGAAGUAGUUGAAUACUGUACCGUGCCUUUCUUCUCCCUUUCUCAUAAUUAAAUUUAAAAAGACAGCACUUUUAUUAGCUUCUCCAUGUCCAUGAGUGGGGCUGCCCUGCCCUGCCCUAGAAGGGGAUCUAAUUAAGUAAUGCAAAUGAGUUGAAACAGGGAGGGGAGGGGAUAAGUCCAAAAUGGUCAAUGAGUUGAAUUUGGUGGGAGGAACUGGGGAAUAUGUUGAAUGUGUACAAUCUUAAA